UACAUGCAAUAUUUAUUUUAAUGUAUUUCAAAGAAUGUAUUUAAUAAAGCUGUAUGUAUUUAUUUUACAACAACUUGAACUUUAUUUAAAAGAUAGUGCUCACACUAGCUACGUCAUCGAAUAAAUCUUACGGAACUUCAUUCAUCGGAACAUGUAAAUAUGUAGUGCGAACAUUAGUGUCAUUAGUGGAUUCAAAUGAAUGAAAAAUGGCUGCACACUGGACAAUUAAAAUGUCACGGUGUAUAAAUUAAAUUAAACUAAUAAUUUAGGAAACUUUUGGAUAGUGUUAUACAAUGCAUAUCAGAAUGAGUGUCCGUACGAGAAGAACGAUUUGCUGCGGACUCGUAUGUUUAAUAUUGAGUGGUUUAUAUUUGUAUACAAAUCGGACUUCUUAUGCAAGUAUACGUGACAGAAAUGUAUCUUUAAAAUCACUUCUUAAUGCUGCGAUAAAGGCAGCAGAACUUGGUGGUUCGAAAGUGGUCGAAGUUCAUGAUCAAGUUAAAUUCGAAAUUAAAAGCAAGGGGAAAACGAAAGAAGGUGUAAAUGAACCGGUAACAGAAGCAGACUAUAGAUCUCAUUGUGUGAUGUAUCACUCUUUGACAGAGGCAUUCCCAGGAAUAACAGUGAUAUCUGAAGAAGCAUCAAAAGAUUGUGAUAAAGUUAUAGUCCCAAACAUAAAAGAUUCUGUAAAUAACUUAAUAGACUAUAAGAUUCAAGAUGAAGUCAUCAGUGCAAAUGAUAUUACAAUAUGGAUUGAUCCUCUUGACGCUACAAAAGAAUUCACAGAAAAUUUAUUGCAAUAUGUUACAACUAUGGUCUGUGUUGCUGUUAAAGGAAGGCCUGUAAUAGGCGUUGUAUAUAAACCAUUUGAAACAAAACAAAAUUCAAGUUUGUUUUGGUCGUGGACCAAUCGUGCAGUGUCCCGAAAUUUACAAAUUCUUCCCAAGCCAGAAGAUGAAAGAUCACCAAUUAUAAUUGUAUCACAAUCUCAUGCUGGACAAGUUCAUAAUGUUACCAAAACUGCGUUCGGCAAAGGUGUUGACAUUAUUUCUGCAGCUGGUGCAGGAUACAAGUUUUUAGAAGUUGUGAGUGGAAAUGCAACUGCAUAUGUCCAUAUGACAGCGAUAAAUAAAUGGGACAUCUGUGCAGGCACUGCAAUUCUUACUGCUCUUGGUGGUACAGUCUCACAAUUAUUUGACCAACAAGCAAUAAGUUUUGGACCUAAUGAUUCCAAAGUACUCAUAGGGGGUCUUUUAGCCACUAUGAAUAAUCAUGAUUCAUAUUUGGACAAAUUUUCAAACAUUUAACGCAAAUUAUGAGACUUUAAAUCUAACGGCAAGCAUUCAAAAUACUCUUCCUAUGAAAACGAUCAAAUCUUCCAUACUGCAUAAUUUAAUACUAAAAAAUGAAAUAAAGGAGACAUUUAAAAAUGUUUAUUUAAAA